AUGCCUCCUUAUGAACCGCCGUCUGUUAUACCGGCACAGCUCUCAUUUCUAACGAUAUUCAACCCGUCACUUGGGAAAACGGAUGAGACGUUACAAGACCAGAUUGUAUUCUACUACUCAGCCCCCAGUCAAACGAAGUCGCCAAAAGAUAUUCCUGAUAGCGAUGUAACAGGGAAAGAGUAUUCCGAGGAAGAGAAUAAAAGACUGCGCCAUGUAGGUCUUGCGCAAGGAAUGGUGAGCUUCGCCAAAAAUUUUUCGAACGGAGAGCCUGUCGACUCAAUAGAGACUGAAAAUUCACGCAUUGUUUUGAAAGAACUAGAGCCUGGGUGGUGGAUUCUUGCCAGUAUCAACUUGACGAAAAUAAUAUCUAUACAAAAAAGGCCAACGGCCUCCAGAGAUGAGACAUCGAAUGAUGUUAAAGUGGAAUACUCUUCCAGGGAGCUGUCUCCUCCAUACCUCCUAACCCAACAGCUUUCAAAGGCAUAUUCAAUAUUUCUAAUGCAUCACGGCACCUCUCUAGAAGGUCUCUACGAUAAUCUACCAAGAAAAACAUUUUGCCUCUAUCUUGAUCGAUAUUGGACAAGGUUCAUUUGGAACUGGGACGUUUUGCUUAACGGGAACCCGGCGUUGGAUCUCUUUUCUGGUACCAAGUUAGCCGGAGGCGGAGAACUAGGAAUCGGCGUGGGCGAAGAAGAAUGGGGCAGUGGUGAACGUGAAGUCUUGGAGGGAUUCAUAUCAAGGACUGAAGGCUUAGUUGACAUGGUAGUCUCGAGAUUUGGGGGUGCGCAAGGAACCCCCGCAUAUAAGACUGUUGCCAAAAAGGAACUGGUUAAACCGAGUGUUGGGUCGUGUGAGCAAGCAUGGACUGGCUGUAUGGCGCCACCUGGCCCGCAGGACGGUGUCAUAUUUUCUGGAACUGGGGCAUUAUCACGAAAGUCCCUAACGCAUGUCUCUCAGUGGAUGGAGUGGAUAUAUAGAUAUGGUGAAGACGCAUAUGGUGUACGAAACGACCCUAAAUCGACUCAUCGCCGGAAGCGCAACAAACAGCCAAAGGGGAAAAAGCAGUUCAAGGGGCUGAGAGCUGGAGCAAACGCCAAGUUAACAACGUCAAGCUCACACCAUAAACCAUCUAGUCAAACUGACGAUUUAUCUCCGAGAAUCCCACCUCCCUUAAUUGUUGCUUCCGAAAGGAAACACAAGUGUGGCCCGGAAUCCGGGCCUAUAUCCCAGAGGGCACCUAACGACAAAUCGAUAGAUACGGCUACUUUUGGGACAGAAAGUAUCAUGAAUAUAAUUACUCUAGGGUAUGGGUCCGCAUGGGGUAACUCUUCGGCGAGCCCUCUUCCCAAUACCAGUACCAACACUCCCAAGCCGCAAGACACGGAAAAGUCGAAACAGUCGCCAACCUCAGCACUGGCACAGCAGCCUAAGGUGGCCAGAUGGGAGGAGAAUCUAACAGAGAGUCCUGGUAGGUUCAUCAUUGGCCUCCGCGACGAUCUAGAAAAUGAAGAGAGCGAUAGUGAAUUGCUAGACGAAGAGCUGCCCAAAUACGCAGGUUCUAGUAAGAUCAUUGUUCGAACAUUAGAGGUAACUGUACAGUCUUCGCUACCCCAUGAAGUCUCAAAGUACCAACCAUUCAUGUUUACCUUUUUGUUUGAGUGUGACACGAAGGCCCUUUCAUCGGCCAGCUUCUAUCGAACCAUCCAUCAUCAAAUCGGGCCACUCCAAAAACCGCUCCUCUCAUCAACGUCGCCGUCAAGAGUGGCAGAAAGACUCCUCCGUUACGAUCUUCAUCAAUACCCCAAGGCCCAUCAUAAAUUAUCUCCUGGAGAGUCACUCUAUGAUAUCAUUUAUGAGCCGUUCCACCAGACAAUACGUACCUCGCUACUUAAUAUCCCAGAACCAGAUAUAACAUCUGACCAGGUCAGAGCAUAUAACAAUUCAGGAGAUGCCAGUCAACAGCCUCACUGGAGCCGCGCCGACGCCCUAAAUGUGUACACACAGAUUAUCAACACUUACUUAGAAACAAGUAUUCAACCAUCCGAGUUGGAGAGGAUAUGUAAAACGAAUCGUGGUUGGUGGGUUCUUUGGAUGCGCUUACCCAAGAUGUCCAGCCCGUCAGGGCCUGGCAUUUCCUCCAGCGACGGCGGGAGUAGCUCCAGCGGCGCAGGCUCGCAAGCUACAGCAGGGAACUCCUCUAGGCAGAUUGACAGCCGCAUGCAAACAGGAAGUCAAGACAUAUCUACUUCGAAUGUAGCCUUUCUGGUUAGGAAAGCAAGUGAUUCUGCGCAGCCGGCAAGAGGACAUCUUCGCAGCCAAAGUGGGCCGGGUUUCUUUCGAAGUAUAGGGGGCCGGUUCGGAAGGGAGCUGGAAGGAUGGUCUGGAACACCCGGAAGGCUUGUUGAAGGCGUUGGUCUCGACGCGAAGAAGUAUAUUGAUGCGUUAAUCAAUCUAAAUAGAUAG